UCUGUAGUGUCCUUGCCAAGUCCAACCUGAGGAAGUAUAAAAGGCCUGGGCUCCGUUUCAUGUUUACAGGGUUUGGUGAGGAGACACAGUGACUCAGCUCGGCGUACUGGAUAUUCCUCAAAGUGAGAAGAUGAAGGUUUCCAUCGCACUGCUGCUGGUGAUGUGCGCCACCUGGCGGAUGACUGAGGGAUAUGUAUACGGGGGAGGACUCAUGUUCGAGAGCACGUGGUACGGCCCUGAGGGUAACGAGCGAGUGGUGACCACCCCCUACUGUGAGUGGGCGGGGCAGAAGAUGAUGAUCGGCAGCAGCUGGAAGACUACACGGUGUGAGGAGUGUGACUGUAGUAAUUAUGGACUACAAUGCCGCGGCCGCGGGGUGUCCAUUGUACCUGAUCACUGUAUGAUCCUGAUUGACGAGACCUGCCAGGAACAUAUUGUCAGCGCAGAGGACCCGUACUCCGACUGCGACUUCUCGGGCGGCAGUCAUCACCAGGUAGGACAACCUGCAACCCCAUCGGGACAACCUACAACCCCAUCGGGACAAUCUACAACCUCGUCGGGACAACCUGCGGCCUCGUCAGAACAACCUACAACCUCGUCAGAACAACCUACAACCUCGCCAGGACAACCUACAACCUCGUCAGGACAACCUGCGACCUCGACAGGACAACCUACAACCUCGCCAGAUCUGCCGACAACCACACCUGGUCCAUCUCGUUGACACUCCCGCAAUCUUGAAAUAGCUUGACAUGAAAGGGAACAAAA